AUACACAGAAUGCUGUCCAAAGGAACUCCCGGUGCUUUGACGCUACGGUCUGCCAUGAUAAAAGUUGUGGAUUGCUGAGAAGGUUGGUAACAGUUGAGGAAAUGUGUAAUUCCGAGAGGGCUUUGUUUUGAUUCCAGGGCCUUUAUAUAUCUUUCAUUGCAUAAUCGUGUGUCGUAGAAGUUUUGAUUUGUAUCCUACAUCACGGAAUCCACGCGGAACUGAUUUUAUGGCGCUGGCGCAGUGUAUCUACACAGUUCGCGGAACGAAACAGAGGUGACACCAAACGCGGACGCGAAUGGGCUGUGUAGGGGUACUGCGUGCGAAGGAGCAUUUCUUCCCCAAAUUAAUUCCGCGUUCAUCAUCCCAAUUCCGCACACCAACUAGCCCGUUUCUGGAAGUGAAUCUUGACGGGAAGAUUGACCGAAUUUCCGAUGUCAUUCAAAUGAAGUUGGAAAUGAAAUGAUUCUUCCGAACCAACCACCUCCAAUACCCGCUUAGAAUGUCGCCUGAUCGAAAAAAGAGACAAAAAUAUGCGAUUCGCUCCUGUCUUGCUUGUCGAAAGCGAAAGGUGAAAUGUCAAUUGAGCAACGUUGAAAUUCCAUCAAGCUUGGAGCCUUUGCAAGGAGAAGACGCCUGUCAGAGAUGCAAAAAGAUGGAUCUAGAUUGCAUUGUCUGGGAUGGUGAACGAAAGAGUAAACGAUACACGAUCGAAAGUGCAUCAAUAGCAACGGAGGAUCGAAGAUCAACGACUCCAAGGCAAAGUACGUCAUCCAGAAAUGAAUCAACAAUCGAUCGAGAUCAGAUCCUCAGUCCAUUCUAUCCUUUCAAGCCAACAUUCAAGCCAACGCAAGAAGGUGUUAGAUAUGAGCCUACCACAGAACAGGCACACAACAAUCCUGACCGUUCCGGCACAAAAACACAAUCUAUGAUGGGAAAGGUCAGACUGAUGGGUAUCCUGCGUCGUCCAAUCUUGAUGAUGACACAGAUUCUAGAACGACAAGAUAAGUUCCGCUGCGGUAUUCCACAAUCGGCAGCUACCUCUAUCAUCGGUAAUGACAUCGAUUGCUCCUUCUUAUCUGAAGCGGCAUAUGACGUCUACGAUCUCGGUGUGAUCAUCCAACAUCCGCAUUUACCAAGACUGAGAGAUCUGUAUAUGCUAUACAGAUCAUCACCAAACCCUUCAAGAAAGUUACUGUUGUACACGAUGUUGCUCUUAUGCAGGUCAAACUCUUCUACCAACCUCAAACACGAACUCGCUUCCAUUCAAAGGACCGUCUCGCAAUUGGCCCUUCAAUCUGUUCUAAAUGCACCUAGAAACAUUGAAGCAGCACAGGCUCUAGAAUUGAUUGCCGUUCAUUGUCCUUUUCUGCUGGCAUCAGGUGAAGGGGCUGAUCAGAGAAGACUUAUAUCACAAGAAGAUGCUUCAACCGCUGGAUCUGUAAUGAUUGCAAUUGCCAUCAAGAUUUUCCUUUCCUUAGGCUUUGAGCCAAAGAGUGCAUCGGAUUCUGAAAACGUUCUUUGGACAUCUCUGUGCUCUUGGGAACUAGCCUUGAGCUUUCAUGACCACCAUCCAAUCAAGCCUAGGCAGUUGCAUACAUCCAGACCUGGCGACCUAAUUGAAUCGAUCGCAUUCACUCAGCAAGAUGACGAAUGGAUUUGCGUUGGUAAGAUUGCCCGAUGGAUAGGAUGCAAGGCCAUGUACUUCAGAUCAAGAGCGGUACUCGAAUCGGGAAAGUGUGAAUUGGAGAGCGAAGCGCUGAUGCAAGAAUCCAAGAAUGAGGCAGAGAUGCAAGCCCGUCAAGCAUCGGCACUGGAUGGUUAUCAAGCAAAAAUGAAAGAUGAAGAAUGUGAUCGAUGCAGAGGCUUGAGUAGGAUCAAAUCGGAUCUGCAAAGCGAGAAUGUUAUCACGCAGAAAGCAAGCUCCUAUACAAAACUUCUAUUGGCGCUCACUAAUCUUGCAUGGCUAUGGCUCGACUUGGAAGCGAUUGGCAUGCAUUACAUUCUCCUCUCGAAAGCAUUGGGAAAUAUGCAUUCUUUCAUCAUUCGAACCAAAGGCGAAGAUGCAUUAAAUGUAGGUCAAAGUGUUGAGGCUUCCAAUUCGCUUUAUCGAAUCGAUUUUCGUCAACGGAUUUGGGAGCAACCUGAAUGGUCAGAGCAUGUUGCUAUUUAUGGUAAAUUACGCCAAAAGGUGACUUCGACUUGCAUCUCCCGAUCAUGUCAACUUAGACAGCAUAUUCAGGAUGUCCAACUCGGUUUAGAUGCAGCCGCUCUUCAGAAGGAACAAACGCAAGAUUGUCGUGCAAUUAUACCGGUACCUCUUCUGAGUGCGAUUUUGAUGAAUGCGACAAAAAGCUUAUUAGAUACGCAAAUCGUUUUAUUGCAAGCUUGGAAUCACGUUCAUGAAGAUACGGAUAUGUAUGUGGUGAUAAUUCGACAAGCAGCGGAAGUUUUGAGUGAUGAAAGAAUGGAUGUUCGAAUAUUUAAUUCGAUCACAGGAGAAUUUGAAACGGGAAUAGGACAAUGUUGUGCUGAUAUUUUACGUAUAAUAGCAGAUACAAUGUCUGACUGGCAAAACAAACAAAGGAUCGUACUAGCAAACUACCGGGAAAAACAAAAGACUCGCGCUGCUCCAAGAGUUCAACAGAAUCCUCAUGAUAGCGAAGGCGUUCAUGCAACAAAUUCUAUUAAUGCAGGGUAUGAAGCGUUCCUACCGGAUGGCAGCCCGAUGCUGUUUGAUCCAACAGGACAAGUGGGUCAAAUUUCUGAUGAUCAAACACAAUCCUCUACACCGGUGAUUUUUGAUCAAUUGCCAACCCUGAAUACUCUUCUUGAGGGCAUGCUGGAAAUACCAGAUUUGAACGAUUUUAUUGCUUCAAUGAAUCAACAACAAAUUUCUUUUUCGCUCGCUUAAGAUGUGGCACCAUUUGGCGUUUCUGUCAAACAGCACAGAUGGAACAUGCCACCAUUAAUUCUCUGAGCAGGGAUCGCUCUUGACUUUUGCAUGGGCAAAGGGUAUCAUUCAAUGGGUUAAGGGCAUGACUUUUGUCUCUCUUCUUUUGCCUCUGCUUUUACGCCUUGUGCUUGCCGUAUCGGCGCGUCCAUAUGCUAUUUUUAUUUGCAUACCUUCUCCAAGCGCGCGCUGCGCCUAGGAAGAAGCACUUCGGGAGAAAUGAUUCCACACUUCUUCAUGGGCAAAGGGUAAUGCAAUAAUAGCCUCCGCAAAUUGAAUUUCACA